AUGGUAGUGCCAACAAUUCCACUGGUUGAGCAGCAGUGUACAAUGUUGAAUCGAUUUCUGCGUAAAGUGUUCUGGGUGGAAGGUAUGAGUGGCAGUGAUAUUGUGGACGAUAACGGACGUGCACCAUACGUUCUUGCAAGCCAUGUUACAGUAUUUACACCACAAGUUCUCAUGUAA